CCAGUAUUUCUUAUUUAUCAUUUGUCAUUCAAUGAAUCUCCAAGAUCCAAGUUAAUUUAGCUUCUGACGCGUUGUUUUUGCACGUAAUCAUUUAUAAAAUAAAACAAUCGAUUAUAAACAGCAAAGCUAAAGAUAUUUCCUGUUUGUCAAUAACUUUUUUAAAAAAUAAGUAACCUUAGUAACAUUCCUGUCGCUGCAUACACAAAUAAACAUUCAUGAUACAUGAUAAACAGUGAGUUUAUUUACGUAAUUGAAUAAAUCUCAGGAUUAAUCAUGCAGAACCAAGAAGAUGGUGUUGAAGGAUCACCAUGGAACAACUCAAGCGGCUGCGAAGAGGAGCGCAAGCCGCGUGAGGGAAAAAAGUCAAAUGUCCUCGCGCUCUGGGGCAACGAGCGCACCAUGAACCUGAACCCCUUGAUCCUGACGAACAUUUUGUCGUCACAUUACUUUAAAGUUAAUUUGUAUGAGUUGAAAACUUACCACGAGGUUAUUGAUGAGAUUUAUUACAAAGUUGCCCACUUAGAGCCUUGGGAGAAGGGCAGCAGGAAAACCGCGGGACAAACUGGGAUGUGUGGAGGCCGGUUCAUGCAGGUACGCGGUGUUGGAGCUGGAGGAAUAGUAUCAACGGCCUAUUGUCUACUUUAUAAAUUAUUUACCUUGAGAUUGACGAGGAAGCAAUUAAAUGGACUAAUCAAUCAUCCAGAUUCGCCUUAUAUUCGAGCUUUAGGAUUUAUGUAUAUAAGAUACACACAACCACCAGCAGACUUAUUUAGCUGGUAUGACGAGUACCUGGACGACGAGGAAGAAUUUGAUGUUAAAGCCGGUGGCGGGCAAAUGAUGAAAAUGGGGGAAAUUUUAAAGCAAUUUUUGACCAAGCUCGAGUGGUUCUCGACGUUGUUCCCCAGGAUACCAGUGCCGAUACAGAAGGAGCUUGAACAGCGUCUGAGUGAGAGGUUUCCUCAGCAGACAAUAAACGCUCGGAAUGCCAAGCCACCUAUUACCCUGAAUAAUCAUGGGAAGUAUAGCUCCGGUCGCAAGGAUAAUGGUAAUUCAACGGCCAGGAGUCAGCCUAGACACAUUUCUGACAGCGAUGCUCACUGGGGUGAAGCCGAAUCACGUACGAGUCAAUGGCGAGCCAGGUCUGAUGAGGAACGUAGAGACAGCAGAGACAGACAUCGUGAUCGUGAUCGAGAACGCAAACGAUCACGCGAGCGUGAUCGUUCAAAAGAUCGCGAUCGUGGAAGCAGCAGAGUUGAGGAAACUAGGAAACGUGAUCGACAUUCACGGAGAACGAGUCGUGAACGCAGUCGAGAAAAAAGUAGAAGACAUCGUAGUCGGAGUAAAGAAAGAUCUACUCGAGAUCGAAGUCGAGAACAUCAUCGAGAUCGAUACCGUGAAAGAAGAAAUUCACCGAUGGACUAUGCAGCAGAGCUAGCACGUGAACGAGAACGACAACGACGGGACUAAAUAAAUAAAUAAUUAAAA